GCGGUGCCUCUCGUUAUGUGUCAGUAUUGCCAGCAGCAGACCUGUGCGAAACAAAAGCACUUCUCUCCACACGUUUAUCGCCUUCAAAGAGCGUCUCAAGCCCGUUUCAGUUGCAAAGCUGUCAACGGAAACCAGGAGUUACGCGUCAGGGUCGCAGAUUACACGGGAUUAGAGCAGCUCUUGUACAAAGUUGUCUUGGCUUUGGUGGCAAAAGCAGGAGUGGCUUGGUCCUAAAGCAGCUCUCCAGAUCAGAUUUCACCCAAACCAGCUGUGAGAGAGAGAGGGAGCUUUGCCUUUUCUCCCCUCUCCAUGUUGUAAGCGAGCUCCAGAGAUCCAGAAAGAAAAGGGGGAGUGACGGAGAGAGUUCAAGGGGUUCCUGAAGGAAUUUGAAUCUGAGAUAUUCCAUCUAUCAGGCAAGCAAGAAAAAGUCCACAGAGUCUAGAGAACAGCGGCAAGGAUGGAUGAUCAACCCCGGUUGAUGCACUCCUCUCACGGGGUGGGCAUGGCCGGACACCCCGGCCUGGCGCAGCAUAUGCAGGAUGGCACAGGAGGAGACGCCGAUGGAAGGAAACAGGACAUUGGAGACAUAUUACAACAGAUCAUGACCAUAACCGACCAAAGUCUGGACGAAGCACAGGCGAGGAAACAUGCACUGAAUUGUCACAGAAUGAAGCCGGCUCUUUUCAAUGUCCUGUGUGAAAUUAAAGAAAAAACAGUAUUGAGUAUCCGUGGAGCUCAAGAGGAGGAGCCACCAGAUGCUCAACUCAUGCGAUUGGACAACAUGCUGCUAGCUGAGGGCGUGUCCGGACCUGAGAAAGGUGGCGGGUCUGCUGCAGCUGCGGCGGCUGCUGCUGCGGCCGGUGGGGCCGGGUCAGAUAACUCAGUCGAACACUCAGACUACCGGGCCAAGCUGUCCCAGAUCCGUCAGAUCUACCACACGGAAUUAGAGAAGUACGAGCAGGCGUGUAACGAGUUCACCACCCAUGUAAUGAACCUGCUGAGAGAGCAGUCUCGCACUCGGCCCAUCUCGCCCAAAGAGAUCGAGCGCAUGGUGAGCAUCAUCCACCGCAAGUUCAGCUCCAUCCAGAUGCAGCUCAAGCAGAGCACCUGCGAGGCCGUCAUGAUCCUGCGCUCACGCUUUCUAGAUGCCAGACGGAAAAGGAGAAACUUCAAUAAGCAGGCCACAGAGAUCCUAAAUGAGUAUUUCUACUCCCACCUAAGUAACCCAUAUCCCAGUGAGGAGGCCAAGGAGGAGCUGGCAAAGAAAUGCUCUAUUACAGUUUCACAGGUAUCCAACUGGUUUGGAAACAAAAGGAUCAGAUACAAGAAAAACAUCGGCAAAUUCCAAGAAGAAGCCAACAUGUAUGCCGCCCGAACCGCAGCUAACGCAUCAAGCGUCUCCACCCACGGCAGCCAAGCCAACUCGCCAUCUACACCAAAUUCAGCCGGUUCUGCUGGUUCUUUUAACAUGAACUCCGGGGAUUUGUUCAUGAGUGUGCAGUCUCUGAAUGGGGACUCAUACCAGGGGGCUCAAGUGGGGGCCAACGUUCAGUCACAGGUGGAUACUCUUCGCCAUGUUAUCAGUCAGACAGGCGGAUACAGUGAAAGCCUAGCUGCCAGUCAGAUAUACAGUCCACAGGGCAUCAAUGCAAACGGCGGCUGGCAGGACGCCCCAACACCCUCUUCAGUGACCUCGCCCACAGAAGGACCCGGGAGUGUCCAUUCUGACACCUCCAACUGAUCAGCACCGUCCAUCUUCACAGACACACUGGAUCUUCAGACUGCUCUCACUAAAGAUCUGCUACCCUCCGCAGGCUGGGCUUCAUAUCCCACACCGGUCAUACACAGUCAUCUACAACACCAACUUAACAUCAAGGAACAUUUGGGAUACUUUACAAGAUUUUCGAAAAACAAUUAUGAAUUUAAAAGUAAAGGAAAAAUCUGUAAAAUGAAAAAAUGUGUUUGUACAGUUUUCACAGUGCAUUUUAGGUGCCACAGGACGACUUACUAACCUGUGAUGUUUCAUUUUUUUUGAGGCGAUUGAUAAUGAUUGAACCACCAGUCAUUGUGUUUCAAUUUAAAUGCUUCAUUCUACCUCUCAUCAAAAGUAAAACAAUGAAAAAAAAAAUGCAAAAGAGCAGUUUUUAUUUUCUAAAAAAAAUGUUAUUGAUAACAGAUGCCACUUGAUCAUGUAUAGUGCUUGAGAGGAAGCUCUUGUUAUCGGUACGUUCAGUCAAUAUUUUGUUCAUUCAUCACUCGUAAAAGUGAAAAAAAUUUUCUUUGUUCAUUUGUUUUACAGACUUGUUUUAAAGUUGCUUUUGUUGUUACAUUUUUUAUUAAUCUCUAUAGAUAAUUCAUUUGACAAUUCUCACCCUAAGCUAAACAGUUUUUAUUCUCACCCUUAAAUAUGAUGGGUUCCCUCACACAUAUUGUAGUCGAAGGUAAACUUUCUUUCAGCCGAAAGUGCAGUCCAAACACAAAUCCGUCAUCGUGGAUUUCAUUCCGACUCAUUUCCUCACGCUGUUUGUUUUUGAGUCAAUGAAAGUAUAACUGAUUACGGAAAUGGCGGAAGCAUCAAGUCAUUAUGGUCUAUAAUGACAUUUCCUCCCCGCUCUCACUUUAGAUUGCUUUCAAACGCUCUCUUCGUCUCUUUGCUCCCCUAAGUAAAGGAAUUUGACCGAAUAAGCUAUAUAUUUUCGAGAUUUCCUUUGAUUUAUACAGAAAGGUGCCCUGUACUACCCCAAGUUAUGAAAAACAAGCACUAAUGCUGUAUAUUAUUCUGAGUUAGUUUUACUUUGUUCCCUUUUAAAGAUUGAGAUUAUUUUCCAUAUUGUAGAUGGCUUUAGCAUUGACCUUGAGUUUUUACCUGACAAUGUUGUUAUGUAGGCUAUAAUUUCAUGUAGCCUAUGAGAGCCAACUGUGAGUGUACAGUUUUAGAAACUAACAGGCUCGCUGUAUGUUUAACAUUACAGUUGAGCUGUUAACCAAAAUCUUUUGUAUAAACUAUGUAAAAGAAGAUACAUAGAAAAGAAUAUCACACUCAUAAUUGUUAAAUUUUUAUUAAUUUUCUGUUGUAUUUUUUGUAAAAAGUUGGGACUUUGGUAUCUGACCUAUCCCUAUACUGUACUCCUUUUUGUUCGGUUCAAGUGUCCUGUAAUUUUUUUGCCAACCAAUUUGUGCUGCUGAUGCCACUGUUUCGAUUGGAAAAAUCAUGACUGAUGUAGCUAUUCUGUCUAAUUGAAAAAAAUGAUGUCGAAAAAUCCAAUAGUUAACUAAUUUUUGUUGAAAAUAUAUCCCUGUCUGUCAAGGCUCCGGGUAAUGAAGUUUGUUUUGCAGUACAUCGAAUCAGAAUCCAUUUAAACAGGGAAGUCAUUAAGUUAAUACGAUUUGAACAUUUCAACGGUCACUCUUAACUGUGUUGAUGCAGGUACUGUACACUGUUUAGUCUGUAUGGACCCUUUGCCCCUGAACAAAGAAAAAACUGACCUGAAUCAUCUCUGCUCUGAUGUAUAUGUAUUAUUAAUAAAACAUGAGUGUCUAAUAUCAUAUUAUGGCCCUUUAAUUUGUGCUCCCUAUCAAGUGUUCUACCAAAAACAUCUUUCUGAACAAUUUCCAAAAGAGAAAGAAGUUGCGCCUGUUUAAUGGAUUUUGGAGGGAAGCAUUUCAGAAUGUUCAUUGCUACUCACUAUCAAAACCAAAAAUGUAAAAACCUGAAAGUAGCUUAUGUAUAAGAAACAGAAAUAUGAGAUAUUUCAUUGCCUUUGACUUCAAUAAUCGCUUUGAAGAUUUUUUUGUUAUUUUUCUUGUUUUUAUCUUGUGAUAUGACAACGCCAGUUAUUACUUUUGAAUAAUCAUGUUAGUCCAUAUGAAAAUACAAGCAUACGUCAUCUGUUAUUUGAAUGACACUUACGACACAAAAGAACUUUUGCUGAUGGUUGCCAUUGUGAAAAUGUAUAUAUUUUGUGAAAUAGACUUGACCGCACCUGCUAUGAAUGCAUAGACUACACAAUUAUGUACCAUAUGAAACAUUGAAGUCCGGACAUUUGUUUGGGUUUUCCCCAAAACUUUGUCUCAAAAUUGCCAUGAUUAUCAUUAAUAAAUGUUGUAUUGCUCACUGAACAGUAUUAAUACACAUCCGUAUGUAUUUUGUGAGAUUUUCUUUUUUUAUUCAUUUUUAUAAAGGCUUUACAGGGUUUGAUGAUUUUCUUGUUCUCCGAUUCAUGUUUAGGGGCCAAAUUUCUCAAAAUUCAAAGAUAUAAGGUAUCACAUUCAUAUAAGGAACAUUUGGGAUUAAUUGACUCUGAGUUUUACAGACUGGUCUAAUAAUCAUUUCUUAGCUUUCUGACAUCUUAAGGUCAGCCCUUACCUUUACGUUGUUGCAUGUGUUUUGCUUACAAUAAAAUACUGCAGUGUUUUCAGUAAAUCCUGAUGUAUUUAUUCUA